CUCCGCCGCCGCUCCCGGCGCCGGGUUGUUCUGCGGCGGGAGGGGACGGCGCUGCUGCCGCUGCCGCCGCCCGCUCAGCGCGGCUCGUUGCCGCGGCUCCCCUUCACCCUCCCGGCUGGGCCACGGAGCUGCCCCUUCCCUUCCCGGGGGUAGCGGGCAGCGAUGAGGGGCGCAGACUCCUCCUGGUAGCCGCCGGCGGGCCUUUGCUCUCCCCUCAGCCCCGCGGCGCCUGAGGCGGCCCGCUGCGGGGUAACCGGGCCCCGACCGCCCCUGCUGCCUGGGCGGGUUCUGACGGCCUCCGGUGGCUCUCGGCCCAGCCCGGCCGAGCAGCUGCCGCGGCGGGGAGGCGUCUUCGAGGAGGGUCCCGUCCCGUCCCCCCCCCCCGGCUGCUGCUGCCGCCGCCGGCACCAUGUGGCAGAGCAUCGGGCUGACCUUGCUGGUGAUCGUGGCCACCCUGGCCUGCGUGCUGCUCUUCAUGCUGUGCGGCUGGUACGUGGUCUGGCAGUUGUUUUUGUCCAAAUUCAAAUUCCUGAGAGAAUUGAUAGGUGAUACGGGGUCCCAGCAGGGAGACACAGAGCCUUCAGAGACUGAAGCCGAUCAGGAGACUCCACCCUCGCCUCUGAGAAGCAGACAGAAAUCUGCUCGGCAGCGAAGGGUCCCUACAGAAGACACGACUUAAAGUGGUCCAUGGAACUUCUGAUAAAGUCUGAGUGGUUAAACACCUCUGCACUGUGUCAUUCAGUGGUUUGAUCUUACUGAAAAACUGACUCAAGAGGUAAUAUUAAUACCUGUGGACCUUUGCUUCUGAACUACAAUGUGUGCUACUUCAGUGGAGGUUCAGGGAGGGCUUCAGCAGCAAGUCAGAGAAUACUGGAAGAAGGAAAGGGUGGAAAGAAAUCUCCAUCAGAAAAAUGCUGAGCUGCAGUAGCUCCUACCUCUGCACACAGACUAAAAACAGGUCCUGUACCAUAGGCUUAGCCUUUACAUUAGUCUGAACACAGUAAACAUUUCACACUUGAAACGGCUUCUAAAUUAUUUUUUCUUCACAGCACUGUAACAACACAUAGUGGAACUGAAUUUUAUUUCCUUAGCUAUGUAUAAAUAUAUAUUUUUCUUCAACCUUGAGAAUGCAUGUGAAGUUGAAAAAUGGUUGAAAGAAUAUCCUGCUUUAGAAAGUUUUCUGAACUGAGAUUUUAGUAAUGUUCUUAUAUAAAAAGUAUACAUGAAAUAUGAAAAAAAAACCCCAAUUUUAGAUGCACAUGAUUUGGAGGUGUUUAUUAUCUCCUUUUUAAUAAAAAAAAGGCAAAAAAAGGAAUUGAGUAGUAAGACCUGUUUUCUUGGGUUUAGCUAAAGAAGGGUUACAGGUUAAACAGCUCUGCUAGGCAUCUGUAUUUUUUUCCCGAACCUUUUACUCUAUAUCCAACUUGUGUUGAAGAAGGGAAGGUGCCUAGGUUAUGUACUCACUGAUUAGUAUUUGGAAGUGUCAUGUUUGGGUCUUGGAUAUUAAACACUUCUCUAGUUUACUCUGUACACCUUUACAUCAGGUACAUGGCACCUGACACUCCUUCCUGGAACCAGUCAAGGCAUUGUGACCAGUUUGGUAGACAUCACUGUAGCACUUUGAUAGUGUUAUAGCAAUUAAUUUGGUACCUCGUGUUUGCUGAGGACCUACUGAUUUUUAGUGGUAAUAAGCAGUUGCUCCUGUGUUUCAUUGAGAAUGAGUUAAACAGCUAUUUUGAUGUUGCAGUUCAGAAUGAAGAGCUCCACGUCUGUUUAUUUAACAUCUCUGAAUAUGGAUGCAUAAGGUGGUUUGAAAGAGGAAGAACAUGCAUGUACCACCUCUGUGUGUGAGAGAGAGAACUACCAGCAGGUCUGGUCAUGAGCUGCCUCAGUUUUCUUUCAAAGCUUGGAUAUUUGUUGGUGCUUGGAUCAUUGUUCCUGUAUGAAAACUUAAAUGGAACUACAAAAUUGGUCUUGCUCUUCCAGCUAUUAGGAAGCUUAAGCCUAUGACUUUCCAGACUUGAGGUUUAGUUCAGUUCUAUGCCUAAAAGCAUCAUUUGGGUUUUUUGUCAAGUAAGCCUGUGUCUGGCAAAAGAGCACUCUUUUAGUGCCUUUGUUUUAAUUUGGCAUCUGAAUACUGUUCUGAAGCUAAUGAGAGCUUUCAUUUCAUAAAAUGAUUUGGCUGUUUCAGUAUUAAAAUAGGUAAGAUCAGCCCUGAUGUUCUUUUGGAAUCUAAAAGUCUGUUUUGUUUACUAGCAUGUGUGUAUAAGCAUGCUUUGUAUUACAGGGUUACAUUUUCAAGCAUGAUCAGGCAGUAUGUGCACAUACUCUUUAAACCCAUGUGGAAAGAAAUAUUGACAGUUUCCUUCCUCUACCCUCUCUGUUGGCAAGGGAAUGCUUAAUGAUGAUUUUUUUUUUUUUUUAAAUUAGUAAAAUUCCUAUUUAUUCAAACUGAGCAAAGGCAAUCAGAUUCUAUUCCCUGCUGCUUCCAGUUGUUUGCCUUGCACAAUUUAAUGUCACAAUAUUCUUGUAUCUCUGUCUUUCCACAUGAUGACAAUUUCAGUCUAGCAGUGCUAACCAAGUGCUGGUACAUUUUUCAUGAGAAACACCUUUAGCUUCUUUGUCUUGGGCUUUGCUAGUGUAGGCUUACAAACAAGAUUUUUUUGUGUGUGUCCUGAUGUAGGAUAUUGACACUCCACUGCACUUCACUCUUACCUAGAUUUUCGUGCACAGAAGAUAACAAAAGGUUGGUGUUUGCAGCAUCUUCAGCUUAGAUAAGUAACAUUUAACCCAGCUUUUGCUUCUAGUAGCUGUGAAGAGCUGUGAAGUUGCAUCAGUAGACCUAGCUAGUGAGGAAUAGCUCUAAAGGUGAAAGAAUAAAGACUCUGGAGCAAGAUAAUGAAGGAAAAACCUGUGUGGGUUUUAAUGCUAACACUGAUCAAAUAUGCAAUAAGAUGGAUGUGGAACCUCUGGGUAGCUUAUUUGCUUUAGCCAAACAAGUUCCCUCUACCUUCCUUGCUGUAUGUACGUGCAUAUUUCACUCCCCAAAGUUAUUUUUGGUCUUUUUUUUAAACAACUGAUACUGUUUUUUUUAAUGCUGCUGUGACAUAGCUGCCAGCAACUCUUGUCUGCCUAGUGUAUAACUUAAUGAUCUUAUUAGAAGCAGGCCAAAGGCUUAUAUGAUGCAGUUUGGAAGAAUUGUGGAAUGCUAAUCUCUUCUGUCAAUGCAUCAUAAUUUUUCCCAAAAGAGUCUGUAAUGAUAUCUUUGUACAGGGCACUUCAUGCAAACGUAUAAAAGCAAAGCUCUACGUCUCAAAGCAUAUUUGUGACAAGACCUGGGUUGUGAUUGCUGGCAGUCCAAUGUACUCAUGUCUUUGAAUAUUUUUACCAGUGUACUUCUGAAAUGUUACUGGUGGGUAAGCACUUAACUUUGAAUUGACCCAAUCAAGUCUGAAGCCUUAUGAAAGCAACAGGUUACACAGUUGGUCUUCUUGUUUAGUGGGGUCUAUUGUUAAAACUGUCUGUUGCCUUAUUGUUGCAGCCCUUCUCUUGAAUGUAUUUUGGAUUCUUAUUUUAAAUACAGUCAUAUCACCUCUGUUGCAGCGCUGUGUAACUUUGCAUAAGCAGUAAUUGCUGAUGUUGUAUGUGACAGUUCAUUGAAAACAGUUACUGCAAUGAAGGCUGAAAAAAACAGUGUAGACUGGUGGAUAAAAUACAAAGCCUAUUGCUAAAAUUUGAGUGGUGUAAACAAUUUUGUUCACCCUGAAUUGCAUCAUUCAGAUCUCCUAGGGAGCCACUGAAGUUAUUAUCGUGGUGAUUUGAUGUUUGCUCGUAAGGCUAAUUCUAUGCAGUUCAUCCACUAAGCACUGCUGCUGUAGCUAUUUGCAGUAAAUGCCAUAUACUGUGCUGCAAUUUGUGAGCAACUUGCUGCUUAAUAUGAGGUUUUACACUGAACUAGACGUGUGUGUGUAUGUUCUUCUGUUAUUUUUGGAAAAGAUCAGCAUAAAGAAUGUGUUCAAUGUGGUCACUUCUUCAGCGUUGCAAUACUGUACCUAAAGCUUCUGUGGUUGUCUGUUUUCAUCGUUAACUAUUCUUAACUGUUCUUAACUGACUGCACAGAUGAAAAAUAAAGUAACCAGACUUGAUAUGAA